AGCUGUCUGCCCCGUUCAUUCCUAUUGGCGUCUGAAGUUUAACAACAUACUCAUUUCUUCUUUAUCUAGGACAGGAACCUAUCUGGCAUCAGAAAGUGUACGUGAGGGUGUGAAUAUCAAUUCAUUUCAUGCACCCCCCUCCCCCUCCCCCGGCUGCUCCGCGCGCUCUCAUGGACUCUCUUAAGGCACUUUGGAUAAAAGCCACAGCAAGAAAUGGCAGAUUUUAUGUCUCUUAUCUGUGCUUCUCUGUGCAGGUGGUGAGAUAUCUGAGAGAAACGAAUGAGGAGAGGAAUGAUUUAUUUCUGCACAACAGAAAAAAGGCAUUCGGCCACGGAGCCAAAAGUGGGGUUUCUCUUUUCUAGUUGAAUCGCGGGAGCGGGCUCUUUUCUCCACCUUGUUCUUCUCCUCUCCGCAUCCUGUCCGUUCUGUAGCUGAAAGCAAGGAGAUCCAUCUCCCCUCUCCUCCUUUCCCCAGCUCUUCCCAUCGGUUUUGGCGGAAAGCCCCCAAAAACGCGGUUCAAGGCUUCGCGGCUUCUCUUCUCCCACUGCUCAAGCGCCGCAGGAAGGAUUUCCAAAAGUCUUUUCAAGUGGACCUGUUCGUAGUUAUGGCAGUGAAGUGAAGCUUAGGAUCGCAUCCAGUUAACAGAAGGGAGGUAAAGCACUCUGACCUGUAUAGGGACGUUUUACUGGAGAGGAAGAAAAGUAAAGGACGGAGGAAAGAGGAAACGGGGGGGAAAGAAAUCGAGAACAUGCAGCGUCUCUUAUUUCAGGUGGUUUAGGAUAAAAAGAGCAAAAAUAAAGAGCAGGGACCUUGCCCCGCAACCUUGAAUUUUAAAUAUUCCACUGCAAUUUGGUUAUAGACUGAUUGCUUUUUUAUCAUCAACUGACUUAUUGAUUGAUUGAUUGAUUGAUUGACUGAUUGGCUGUCGGACAUUAACAUCCGACAAACUUGGACUUGUGUGGGAUUUUAAGACGCAAAGCGAGCUCUUCACCCCAGCUGUCCUCUGUUGGCAUGAGAUGGUGCUUGUCUAACAGCGCCUCUGGGUUGAUUAAUUGAUUAAUCAAUGUAUUGAACCGGUCAAGUAGGACGUUAUUGAUCGACUAUCUUAUCAUUACGUUUACUUUCCUGCCACUUUCUCUCCAUCUUAACAUAUGAAACAAAGUAACCUGCUAUAAAAGUUUUAAUAAAGCUUUUAGAUAUAUAUCAGUCCAUGUUUAAAUCCCUUUAGGAUUAUUACAUGAAUGUUAACAUGUCAUAAAAAAUCCCACCUGGGUGAUGUCGCUACAUUAAACCCUGUAAGAAUAUUGGAAAAGCCGAAAGUACCGUAACCUGCUAUAAAAUGACUAUAAACGUAUGACAGCGUCGCUGUAUGAGUAUUAUAAGAGUUUUAUAGGGAUUAUUAUAGUACAAGUGCUUCUCGGGAUUCAAGUUUGGAGAUUGGAAGUUAUUUUUGGUUGUGCACAGUAUAGGGCGACUCUUCCACACCGGACAGAGACAGAAACAGACUGAGCAGAGAGGUCCACCUACUUGUCUCUGUCUUGCAUCCCAUCCUGAAAGAAAGGACCGGGACAGACAGACAGACAGCGGAGAGAGAACGAGAGGGAGAGGAAGGGGAUGCGUGACUGCGGCUAAUUGGACGUUAGCCUUGCAACAUUUUGAAGAAGAAGGGAGAGGAAAGUGAUUUUGUCCGCAAGAGGUUACAGGUUUUUAUAAUUUAAUUAUUUAUUUAUUUAUUCAUUGGAAGAGGCUAGAAGAAGACACGACCUCCUUCAUCCUUUAGUGUGUCCAUCUAUCGUUUUUUCCUGCCCUCAGAAGACUUUUGAGUAGGUAAAAUCCCCACGAGCGAAGGAGACAUUUGGCUGCAUCGGUCAGGUCUGAGACAGAAGAAAGAGCCAGAGUGGGAUUAUUUCACUCACAUUUUACAAGAUUUUCGUCUGUCCAAGAUUCUACAAUCAGCGCAGACUGGAUUCAGGAUUUGUUACUCCGAAAAACCAGGCUGUCCAGUCGAAGGAGGUCCUCUGUAACCACGGGGUCCACUGCUCCACCCUAGCAUGUCAGAAACAAGGUCCUGUUGGAGUUUAAAGAGAUGAAGAAUUUACCCCUCUUCUUCCUCCUCCUCCUCCUCGCUUCAGGAGCCUGUGACGAUGUCAAGUACAUCUCCAAGAGGAACUCGGUGGAUGGAUGCCUAGACUGGUCGGUGGAUCUGAAGGAGUACCAUGUUCUGGCAGGUGAACCUGUUCGGGUGAAAUGUGCCUUGUUCUACAGCUACAUCCGAACCAACUACACCAUGGCCACCAACGCCAAGCUGCGCCUCAUUUGGUAUAAGAACAAAGGGGAUGCAGAGGAGCCCAUCAUCUUCUCUGGCCACCGGCUGAGUAAAGAAGACGACUCCAUCUGGUUCAGAUCUGCUGAAAUAGAAGACAAUGGAUUCUACACCUGUGUACUAAGGAACUCAACAUACUGCAUGAAAGUGUCAAUGUCGAUGACUGUGGAGGAGAGUGACGAGGGAAAAUGCUUCAGCAGCAAAAUCCGCCAUCUGGAGAAAGCUGAGGUAACCCACAGCAAAAUGAUCACCUGUCCUGAUAUAGAAGACUAUAUGGCUCCAUACAAACAGCCACAGAUGACAUGGUAUAAGGAGUGUGAACGGGUUGAAUGGAGAAGCUCCAUCACUGCAAACACCACACAUGUGUGGAUUCCUGAGGUGGAGGAGGGUGAUGGGGGAAAUUAUACCUGUGAAUUACAGUAUGGAUCCAGACUGGUGCGGCGGACAACAGAACUCAAAGUGACAGCUCUCCAGACCACUCAGCCUCCCAAGGUCCUUUUCCCCCCAGAGAGACAAGACACAGUGAUAGAAAUCACGCCUGGUAUGCCUCUCAGUCUGGACUGCAAGGCCUUUUUUGGCUACAGCGGAGAAAACAGAAGGCCCAUCAUCUACUGGAUGAAAGGAGAUAAAUUUGUUGAAGAACUAGCUGGACACAUUAAAGAAAGUGAAGUCAGGAUCUUGAGGGAACAUUUAGGGGAGAAGGAGGUGCAGCUGUCCUUAACAUUUGAUGCUGUGGAUGAGACAGACCUGGCCAACUACACCUGUUACGUAGAGAACCAUAUAGGGAAGCGCAGUGGGAGCGCUAUACUACAAAAAAAAGAUAUGUAUCGCCUGGAAUUGGCUGGAGGUCUCGGGGUCAUAUUGCUGCUGCUGGGAGUCCUAACAGCACUUUAUAAGUGUUACAACCUGGAGCUCAUGCUCUGCUACAGGAGACACUUUGGGAGUGAUGAAACUGAAGAAGAUCAUAAGGAGUAUGAUGCCUAUCUGUCCUACACUAAAGUAGACCUGGACUCUUUGGGCAGGACGAGCAGCGACGAGGAAACGUUCGCUUUGGAGAUCCUGCCGGAUGUUUUGGAGAAACAUUAUGGAUACAAGCUGUUUAUACCAGACAGAGAUCUAAUACCCAGCAACACCUACAUUGAGGACUUGGCUCGUAGCGUGGAGCAGAGCAGACGUCUGAUCAUCGUUUUGACUCCAGAGUUUGUCGCCAAAAGAGGCUGGAGCAUCUUCCAGAUAGAGACACGCCUCCACUCUAUGCUGGUUACCGGGGAGAUUAAGGUGAUCAUGAUAGAGUGUGCAGACCUGAAGAAUGUCAUCAACUACCAAGAGGUGGAGGCACUUAAACAUACGAUCAAGCUUUUAUCCAUCAUCAAGUGGCGGGGCCCUAAGAGCAAUGAGCUGUCAUCUAAGUUUUGGAAACAGGUGGUCUACGAGAUGCCUGCUAAACGCAGAGAGACAUUAUCCAGACGCCAGGUGAUGGACUCUGGUGAACAGGGGCUCUUUGGUGACCUACAGACCACUGUCUCCACCAUUGCCAUGACGACCACCUCUGCCUCCCUGGCCCCCCCUAAUGAAAAUCGCCAUGGACACCAUCAGGUUGCUUUGGCGACAGAGAUCCCCGACUACAACCAGAUGACCUUGCCGCUGGGAGGUGGUCACACAGCUACCGCAGCCCAAAUGAGGCAUUUCUGUCGCAGUUAUGAGUUCCAGCUACCCCUGCCGCCUUCAUCUUUGUCACCUCCCCUCCGACCUCCUUCCACCAUGCAGUUCUCCAGUCUGGGCCCCGGGGGCCGCCACGUCUAUUGCAACAUCCCUAUGACCCUGCUGAAUGGACAGGGGUUCAGAGCAGUUCACUGGGGAACAAGAGGUAUCUCAGAGCAGUACGCUUGGGAAGAAACCAGAACUCCACCUGAACAGCACCUUCGUACCACUCACCAGCAGAGAACUAAGCUCUGACAUCUGGUAGAAAGACUUCUCAGCUGGUACUGGAUUGCAGGCCAGUUUACAGACUGCUUUUUCACUAAAUUGGACAUGGAGUAGAUUGGUUGGUUGACUGGUUUUCAUUGGAUUUUUGAAAUGUGUACAGAACUGAUGUGAGGAGAGACUGGUUGUGGACUACUUGCUGACUUAGUCUGGGCCUUUUCAUCCCACACUUUGAACAAAAGACUUAAAAGACAAAUUAAAAUUCACACUGGUUGGGUGUACUAGCAGCAGACAGAUGCCUUUGGAUUGCUUUUGGAAGUGUCAACUGGUUUCAGACUGACAUAAACUGGUAUGUAAGAUGUGUAGCCGUGAGCAAUGGAAAUGAAUGCUAUCAUACAACAUGAAUGGUCAUAUGAACCUGACUUAUGCAGAGAGUUUAUAGACAUGUAUGGACAUGUGGAUAUAAUGAACUGCUAUCCACAGAUAACAGAACAUACUGUUUGUUGGACAAGCUACCACGUUGGACCUUGGAGCACAAAAAAUGCAAAAAUCUUGUUAUCACAGUAUGCUCACACACCAGCUCUGAAAACCAGUUAAUUUGUCAGUUACUUAACUACUCUGAAAUGUCAGUCUACUGACAAACAAGAAGUGAAUGCCACUCAAACUUCUAGAUGAGUUACCUGAAUAUUGAUCUACCUGUUGACUUGGUGGCUUGUCAGUAAACGUGGCAGACUUCAAACAAUGGUUUUGGAAAACCAGUCCACCUUAAAACAACAAGUCAACCUCUUAAAAUGCCACUCCUAGCUGGCUAGCUACUGUAGCUAGCUAGCUGGCUACCUGGUUUGGCUCUUGGACAUAAAAGAAAUUAAUUAGUUAGCUAGAGUCACUGGAAGCUAGCUAGUUGUUUAAAUUAAACUAGUGGACUAAAUAACAUUUCUUCUUGAGCUAAGAAGGUGAAAGCCAGCCAGCUCAACACCUUGUAACCCAGUAAACAGCAACUAGUCAACCCAUCAAGAGGCAAUCUGGCCAAGAGAUGAGCGUCGACUUUUACCACUAAGCUAAACAUAUAAAAGACUUGGCUUUUUCUAUUUGCAUGACCACCUGUUUAGAUAAAAAUAAAAAAUAUUAAAAUAAACAUAGAUAAGAGUAAAUGGCACAAUCAUUUCUCACAGCCUCUUGAAUAUAGAGGACAAUAAAUAUCUAAUAUUUGAUACAGCAUAUUUGUUUUCUGUCCGGUCAUGAAGUAAUGAUAAGAACUGAUAAACAAAAACAUUUUUAUUAUUUAUUUUGUUUUGUUGUAUUUAAGAUUUUUAUCCUUUUAGAAGCUUGGUGAGAAUUUCUACCAGACUUUGUUUUUAAUGUUUGUUUGCUACAGUAAUCUCUGUACAGCUUCCAUAGCAUAUGCAUAGAUGUGAGUA